AGGCAAUCCUGGAGAACCUAUGCCACCGCAGUACGGCAACGGGCAAGAGUCAUCUAUUGAAAUUCCGGUACAAGACGAUGAUACUUUCAAGGUCGACCCCAGUGUGUGGGAAGAUGAAGCGGUUAGAAAAGGCUUUGUCAAGAAAGUGUACUCCCUGCUGUCCAUUAUGUUGUUGUUCACGUCGGGUGUCAUCGCAUUCUUCGUAUACACACCGGGAGUCCGGGACUGGGUACUGAAGAACUCUUGGAUCAAUCUAGUGGCCAUGGUUUUGGCUAUUGGUAUUCUGUUGGGGUUGGCAUGUACGCCAGGGCUUGCCAGGAAAGCUCCGCAGAAUUUCAUUAUGCUGGGGUUGUUUACGUUCUUCGAGGCCAUUGCAAUCGGGGUCAUCUGCUGCUACUACGACACUGAGGAGGUUAUGAUGGCCUUUGGAAUCACUUGUUUCAUCACCAUCGGAAUCACCAUCUUCGCAGCGCAAACGAAGAUCGAUUUCACGCCUAUGGCGGGCGGUCUGUGCCUGUGCUUGUUCGCCCUCUUAGGUUUCGGCUUCUUCUGCAUUUUCUUCGGCGGCCAAGUGACGCAUAUUAUCUACUGUACGAUUGGUGCCAUCCUUUUCGGAUUGUUCUUACUGGUGGAUACGCAGAGGAUCAUGGGAGGAAAGCAUAAGCAACAGAUACAUCCCGAGGAAUACGUCUUCGCCGCCCUAAAUUUGUUCCUGGACAUCAUCAAUAUCUUCCUAAUGAUCCUGCAGCUCAUCGGCGCGGUGGGCGAGUAAGGAUAGAGUAGGUAUCAAAAUAGCCGCCGGUUAUAAAAUAAAACAAAUCGACAGCGA